AUGAGUACCGGUCGACUGAAGCGUAAACUAGGCGACCUUGGGGUGGACACAUCUAGUACCAAGGCCAAUGAAUCAUUUUGUUUGGUUGGGACACCAUUACCGCCCCUGGAAAAGUCAAAGGAUAGCGGAGAGUUCGUACCUAUAUGGAAGCAAGAUGUUCGAGACGAAAAGGGUCGGAGACGCCUACACGGCGCCUUCACUGGAGGUUUCUCUGCAGGCUACUUCAAUACCGUCGGCUCCAAAGAAGGAUGGGUGCCGUCUACAUUUGUGUCGUCUCGGAAUGAACGUGCGAAGCAGAAAGCGGCUCGCCCCGAAGAUUUCAUGGACGAGGAGGAUCUUCAAGAACUCAAGGAUAGUCGCAACCUUGUUGACACCACGGAUGAGAUGGACUUUAUGGGCGGAACGCAAGCGGAGAAACAGAGAAAAGAGAAUGCUGAUGUCGAGAACGACUCUAUAGCCAGUAUCCUUGAAGCGUCAAUGCUCCCUGCUCCGAAGGACUCGGUGGGUGCACGAAUACUCAAGAAGAUGGGAUGGCGUAUGGGUAAUGGCAUCGGCCCCCGCGUCAGUCUGAAGCAGCGAAAGCUACAAGACUUACAAGCGUACACCGGCCAAGCGUCAAGUAGCGAUGUCAUCAAAGUAGCUGACGAUGACGAGGAGGCUAGCAAGCACACAUACGCUCCACGAGAUACACCUGUCAUCAGGUUUGACCGUAAGGAUAAUUUUCAUGGCUUGGGCUAUCGCCCCGGUAUGAGUCUGAAUGAGAGCCUCGGUGUCAAUGGUGGAAAGUCAUCAUCAGGACCUAACCUAUCUGCUGGCUUUGGUCUGGGUGCCUUAAAUGAUGUUGACGAGGAUGACUUGGACGUUUAUGAAGGCGCCUCGACCCUGAGGAAUCGUGUCGCGUACGACAUCGCGGACAGCCAAAGUGAAGAUAGGAUAUCUAUUGGUGGGAGUUCCGCAAGAGGCAAAACAUCGAGCGUUAGGUCAACGCCAGGAACGUUUAAUGACCGUAGACCGAUCCUUGCUGGCUUUGUAGCGUCGGACAAGCCUGUGUUGGAGGACCGAUGGUACCCUCUUCCAGAAGUUCCCAAAGGAUGGAAGCCUGACCCCCAACGAAUCUGGGAUCAAGGACCAGAGAAAGAGAAUAUACAGCAAACUCCCUCUGCUCUGCCUCAUCAGGAAUGGAGAGCAUCUAGACCUUCCGCUGACGAGCGCGGUGAGAUGCUGGGAGAAACUCCACUACCUUCUGCGCCUCGGUCUGUGUUCGAUUUUAUGUCAAAGAAAGACCGGGAACGGCUCAAGAAUAUUGCCUCUGGAGGUGUACCGACAGGGCCUACACCUGCUGCACCUGCAACACUUACCAUACCACACCUGGAGCCUCAUAUAGCUACCGCAGCACUCCGCGGCUUUCAACCUUUUACUUCUGACCCAGCCAAGCAAGCCCGGUACACAUCGUAUAUACAAUCCCAGGCAGACCCGGCGACGUAUCCUUUCUCGCUCAAGCCUCUCCCUGGCCAACGCAUGGACGAGUUCAAUAAGGAACUGCAAGAUUACUCCAAGUCUGCCCAGAUCUUCAAACCCGUUUCUGGCGCCAUGGCAGGUCGCUUUACUAGUGCCACCGUCAUUGAUCAUGGCCCGAAGAUCUACGAGGGUCUGCAUACUCCUUCAGCAGAGGAAAUCGCUGAGAAGGAAGAGGAGGAGCGAAAACAACAGGAGCAAAACGUCAGUCCCAAAGUGCACGCCGCGCGAAUGGGAAUGUAUGGCCCUAUGACGAGAGAAACGAAGCCGUGGCAGCCGGCAAGGCUUCUCUGUAAACGAUUUGGCGUGAAGGAUCCUAAUCCGCCGCCGGAAGAGCCUGCAGCAGCUCCGACAUUUGAGGAGCCUGCUCCCGAUGCGUCGUUCUUCGCCACUCCGGCAGUUCCACCGACGCCGGGCCGGAGGGAUUUGUCGAAUAUUGGAUUGGGAGAGGAUGAGAGCCAGGGGAAAGAUACGCUCACGUAUGAGCGACCUUCGAUGGAUGUGUUCAAAGCUAUUUUCGCUAGUGAUGAUGAGGAUAGUGAUGACGAGAAGGGUGAGAAGAAGGAUGAAGAGAUUGAGGCUCCAAAGGACUUGACACCAACACCGGCUCUGGCUCCAGCCCCGAGUCAGGAUUCUGGACCGGUGGAUAUGAGCACGUUCAAGCCAACGUUCAUACCACGGGAAGGUAAGGAGAAGGAUAAAGAAAAAUCCAAGGAGAAGAAAAAGAAAAAGAAAGACAAGGAGAAGAAAUCUGUCCUGGUUUCUUUUGCGAUGGAGGAGGAUAUGGGUGGUGCUGAUGUUCCUCCGCCUGCGAGGAAGAAGAAACGGAAGGACAAGGAUAAAAAGGAAAGGGUGAAAGGUGAGGAUGACGAUGACGCUAUGUGGGUUGAGAAACCGCCGCCAGAGGUGGUGAAGGUCAUGGAAUACCAUCCACCGAAGGACGACGACUCGAAUGUUGCAGUUGAUAGUAGUUAUGUACCUGCGAGGGGGAGGAAGAGGGCGAUCGAUUUUAUGUAG